GCACAAACACUUGCUCGCACCUGCCACCACUUCGGCCUCUUUCUGCAGUCUUGAACUUUAUACAUCCAUACCCUAUCUUGCGUCCGUCCAUGUUGUUUUCAGCACCCUCAUCUCAGCUGCCAACAACGCCUUUCCAAUUUCAUAUGAACUUUCUGCCCUUGGAUUGCUUUUCCUUGAUGUAAAACGCGUGUAUAGGGGACGCGUCGCAUUUCUCUCCGUUCUCGAAAUGGCCGACGAAAACGAAAGACCGGGUCUCCUCGAGUCCUGCCUGAUUGCCUUCGUUCAGAGCAAGUCAUUGUCUAGUACAUUGAUUGCACAGCUCUCCCAGGUCGUUAAGGAUCAUGGCGCCGAGGUCCUGGAGCCGGACCGCAAAGGCAAGAUCCGAAUCCCGCAGGCCACCCACAUCAUCUCCAACACCAUCGACUUCGAUCAGUAUGCCGAGGCCCAGGCCAUGAUGAUUCCCGUCGUCAGGUCCGACUGGAUCAAGGCAACCAUCGCCCGCAACAAGGUCGCUCAGGUCCGCCCGUUCUCGCCCGAUCCCCGGAUGAUCUUCUCCAGCGUCAUCUUGACCUGCGCCGACAUCCCUAAUACGGACAAGGAGGCCAUUGCCGGCGCGAUCAUGGCCCUCGGCGGGAUGGAGUCCAAAGAUCUCUCGAAGCAGACGACGCACAUCUGCGCACUGUCGCUGGACCACCCCAAAUGCAUCGAGGCCAAGAAGAAGAACCUAAAGUGCAAAAUUGUCCUGCCUCAUUGGUUCGAUGAUUGCUUCCGGCUAGGGAAGAGGAUCGAUGAAGGCCCCUAUCUGUUACCCAAUCCUGAAAUUCUCCUCAAGGCGCCGGAAGACUCGGUCAAAGUUCCGGCGAGCCAGCAACUGGAGGGCGCCGUGUCAACCAUUCCGACAGGACCGUAUGAGCCCAGUGGGAGCGAGAAGCUUGUGGUGUUUGCGCAGAAAAAGGUCAUGCUAUCCUGGGAUCUUCCCAUCAACGCCAUGCUACGCAAGACGAUUACGGACAAAAUCAUCAAGAGCGACGGGGAGGUUGUCGACUCGGUUGAGGACUGUGACAUGUUCAUCUGCCAGUACCGUGAAGGCGAGCAAUACAUCCGAGCAUCACAACAAGGAAAGGAUGUGGGCAACCUGGCCUGGUUAUACCACAUGAUGGUGUUCAAUGAGUGGACGUCACCGUUCCGGCGAUUACUCCACUACCCCGUACCGAGAAACGGCAUUCCCGGGUUUCAGGAUAUGCGGAUUACGCUCUCAAACUAUGGAGGCGAAGCCCGGAUCUACCUCGAGAAUCUCAUUACUGCAGCAGGCGCCACAUACACGCGGACGAUGAAGGCCGAGAACACACAUCUCAUCACAGCUCGCAUGCACAGCGAGAAGUGCGAGGCGGCAAAGGACUGGAACAUCGAGAUCGUCAACCACUUGUGGAUCGAGGAGAGUUACGCUGCCUGUCAAGCCCUGCCGCUCAACAACUCACGAUACCGGCACUUCCCACCACGGACGAAUUUGGGCGAGGUUAUUGGCCAGACGUUCCUGGAUGAACCGAUACUCCGGGAAAGGUACUACCCCGGCGGAGAGGAGUACAUGGACGACGCGGCCAAGAAGAAGAGGAAGAUCAACGAGCGCGCUCAAAAGAACGCCCUCAACGUGGGCCUGGACCGUGAUUUUAGUGUGAUGCAGGAUUCGAGCCCGGCAACGGCAAGGUCGGUAAGGAAACCGGGCGCCACUCCAGCCUUGGGCAAUUUCGCCACUCCGGCAAAGACGCGCCACGUUCGCUCUGGCAAGGAGAACGACACCCCGUCCGUCAUGUCCAGCGCGAGCCGCAGCGCCAAGGCACAGGCGCUCUCAAAGCUACAAGACCUGGCGCCGGACAUUGCGCUGUACGAGAAAGAGAAAAAGCGCACGGCCAAGGAUGGGCACGGCGUCUGGGGCGGCAAGCGCGCGGCAGAACAGAUCGACAAGGAGCGGGCCGACAGGAGUUCAAGUCCAGCCAGCAGAGCGGCUGAUGACGUUGAGGACGAGCGAGAAAGCAGAAGGCCGGCCAAGAGAGCAAAGAUGACACUGCCCGAUGUGGAUAUGCGUAUCUGUUUGACAGGGUACAAGCGAUGGGUGGAGAACAAGCCGCUCGAGGAAGCUGACCGGAAAAAACUCCGCUCGUUCGGCAUCCAGAUUGUGCAAGACAACGCCCCGUGUAACUACCUCGCGGCUCCCGGCAUGGUACGGACAAUGAAAUUCCUUCGGUGCCUCGCCAAGGGGCCCGACGUGAUUAACUCGUCCUUUAUCACGGCAUGCAUCGAGACGGGCAAGCGGCCCAACAUUAAGGACCACCCGCUGAACGACAAGGCUAACGAGGCGCGGUUCGGCGUUACCAUCGACAAGGCGGUCAGCCGGGCGCGCGCCAACCGCGGCCGGCUGCUCUGGGGUGUGCCAAUAUACUGCACGGCCGAGAUUCCCAACGGCGUCGACGCCUACAAGAGCAUUGCAGAGGCCAAUGGCGCCAUCUUCAAGGUGUACCGCGCCCGGAGCGGCACCACUAUCAAGCCAACAACUGAGGAGGAGGACGGUGGCGCGGCGCCAGAUCCGGUGUACCUCCUGACGGGGGUGUCGACGGCCGAACGGCAGCUGUGGCCCCGGUUCGAGGAGAUGGCGCGCAACGGCCACAUGGAGCCGCGGAUCGUCAUGGCGGACUGGCUAUUGGAUGUUGCGAUGCGGCAGGAGCUGGUGUUUGAUCCCAAGUAUCUGAUGAGCAACCGGGUGACGGAUGGUGGAAAGUGAGGAAGGCGGUUCAGCCUGGCGUUGGAGGAGGGGUUUACUCUCGGCGUUGGUCCAUUGUCGCUUGUCUGCUUGAGUCUUGUGUAAUCGCACCAUGAUGUGCAGCCGUCCUGUAGGUUGUUGCGGAGAAGCAGUAGAAUCUCAAAAGAACUUGACACCUAACGAAUCCUCCUGUCCAAACACCUGGGCCUUGCCCCGCUUGACCAGCACGUUCAGCGCUUUGAGUAACAAUUCCUGGUCCAGACCGUGAAA